AUGGAAGACUCACUCCCUGGCAAGGCUGUUACGGACAUAGACUUCUCGAGUUUCCUCGAUGCUUUCUGGCCUCAACCACCGCCUAAUUCGCAACACUAUCGACUCAAGCCCGAUGAAUGGGCUCCACCAGAACUCAAGCAAGCACUACAGAAUUUGGCGGGUCCAGAGGAUUCAACUGCCGGUGCAUGUAUUCUGGCAGAGAUAAUGCAGAAGUUCCAGCUCUUUCCGGGAUAUAAGUUAUCCCUGGGAUCGUCGAGGCCUGAAUCCUCCAAGCUUUGGGGUCGUACGGAGUCGCUCGAUGACUCCCGACCCAGUUGGAGCAGACCUCAGGUACUCUUCCGGUUCUGCGACAGGAACCCGUUCCCAAGUUCUCUGUUCGGCUGGCAUGCCACAAAACGUACGGAGCUUGUUCACGAUAUCCUCACCGAGGUCCUGCAACAUUUCAACAAUCAGCGGCUCACCGCGCUCUACAUCGUCUUCGUGGUGGACUGUUCUUUCCUCAGCGUCAGCCGUUGGGACCGAUCGGGUAUCGUCGCUAGUGAGUGGUUGGACUGGGUGGAGUCCCCCGAGUUGCUCGUAGAAGUGUUCUGGCGUGUGUCAAUGCUCACGGACGAGCAGCUCGGGCUCGACAUGACUGCCGCGCCGGUCCUUCCGGGUUCUACCGACUCCGAGCUCCUAGACCGGCUUGCUCAACCGUGUCCUGACGACUACGACGUGAAGGACGGAACGAUCGUCUCAGAGGCUGCCGCGUCGGAUCCAGCCGCCACAUUCAAGGUCGUCAGAGACCAAUAUGCAUCCACUCUCACCGCUGGAACAACUCAGGGCGAGAGCAUGGCCAACGCGCGCUGGAGGCUCUCCAUUCCAUUUGAUGGUGGGGAGACGCACGACUUCCUCGUGGGGGCGCCCUUCUGCUCCAGUUCCGCCUCCAUGUUUGACUGGCGGAACGCUUGCAGCUAUAUCGCGGUGGAAUGUCGCACCGAGCAGUUCGUGUACCUCAAGGAUAACUGGCGGGGCCGGGGUGUGGGGGACAACGAAGAGUCUGAAGGUGCCAUCCUCGCGAAGCUGAACGCCGCCGGCGUUUCCCACGUCCCGACGGUGAUCUGCUAUGCUGACUUGCAGGAGACGGUUACGCACAAGUACGCUCGCUCCCAAGGCUAUGGAUAUGACGGAGUUCAACGACAGCAUUUCAGGAUGGCCAUCCGUGAGAUCUGUCUCCAUUUCAAACUUUUCACCGCCGGCCGUCAAUUCGUGUCAUUAAUGAAAGACUGCAUUACGGCCCACACAGGGGCCGUGAAAGCCCUGCAACUGGUCCAUGGCGAUCUAGGGCCCUACAACAUCUUGAUCCACCCCAAGGUAGACACGACCGACUCCUCAAGACCCACAGUGAAGUGGGAAGGCAUGCUGAUUGACUGGGAAUGCUACAAAUGGCUCGCCGCUGCUGAAAUGAACAAGCCUCAUACGGCAAGGCAACGGCGAGGAUGUGCGGUGCGCACGUACCUGCACAAGUUCUUCGAGGCCGACCGGGGACCAUUCGGGAUGGUGAUCUCAGUCUGGAAGAGUCUCAUGCUGCACCGCAAUGAACUGCUGCUGCUUGACGGCAACGAGUUGCACUUUUACGGGGGCCGCGCGGGCGAUUCGGAGGACUCGGAGUGGCUGGCGACCCCCCUCAACUCCAUGAUGAAGGAGUUCUUGUCGUGGUUGCACGCCAGAUACGCAGACAUCCACCUCGGGCCGUUCUCCUUCAUACAUGCUGACGAGCGGCACGCUGCGUUGAAGCGAGCGCACAAGGCCAUCCUGAAGGAGAAACGCGAGACACUUGCAAUGAAGCUAGAGAACCACGACGCGAUCCUCGAGCUGCUUGAGAGAAAGCUGAACGAAGAAUGGGUAGAGAACGACCGCGCUGGCGAUCGGUGGCAGCUCACGCAGCCGCUUGUGCCGAGCGGCAGUGAAGCAAAGGUCGAGCCACCGGCGGAAAAAGAGCUCGAAAUCGAGGCUAAGCAAAGGUCCGAGGAAGAACCGAGUAGAGUGGUCACGAUCAAGAGGCCUUCCUCUAGACAGGUCUCGAGGGACAACGCCAUGGCGAAGCCACAUAGCUGUACUGCGACUGAGGCAAAGAAGAAGGUGAAUCAAAUGGCAACACGGCAUUCUCCGCAGCGAGCGGCCCUCGGAGAUCGAAGAGCAGUCUGCGGAGGUAGAGGAGCGGCCUGCUAA